AUGAAACAUCCAUCUACUGUUGAGCUAACGCUACGAGUAUUUUUUUCUCUUAGCUUCUUCUGCACAAUUGUCAGGCUACAAACACCAAGAAUGGGUUAGGAAUGGGUUAAAAAACCUCAUUACUUAAAGACAGGCACAAAGGCAACAUCACUAAGCUGGAUUUUUACAAUACUUUGCUUCCAUGUCUUCUAGGAAGCGUAAAAGGUACUCCAAAGACACAAAGUGCCUCUUCUUUCCGGAUGAAAAUGGUCCUCAGACAAGGGAGAGGGAAACAACAUCAGUUUCAUCCGCCAGAAGUUGGGCAACGUGCGGGGACAGUUUUUUGGACACCCUGAAUGUUCAGUCAUCAGGAAAGAAGCUGCCCGUCAUAAGGAAGUUGGCUCAGACGCCUGCUUUAGUGCAGAGCAGCGCUCCCAGCCAUGAUGAGGACCCAGUGGAUAUCGCGUGGAGUUCCAGUGAAACUGAACCAUCCGAUGAUGAGAAUCAGGUGCAGCAUCAGUCUAAGGUUGUUUCACAACAGAGACUGCGACCUCUAAGGCCAGGAAAACCUGACGCUCUGAUUCAGUCUUACACGACUGCUCUGAGCAUGCUCACUACUGACAAAGAUGACCUUCCUGUUAUAGAAACAGACAGCGAUCUGGAUCAGUCCGAGGAAGAUGUUGAAAAGGACAGCGGGCAACAUAUUUCAGACUGUGGGUCGAACUCUGCUGAUGAAAACACUAAUAUGUGUCCUCUUAAUUCUGAACAUACGAAUGAGCUAGAGAUCUCAGGUUAUGUGUCCGAUGGAGAUGAUAUUGGCAGCACGCUCACAUCGAGCAAACUGGACUCUGAGAUUUUUCCACUCCAAACUGACGAGGGCAGCAAAAAGUCUGUCUGUGACUGGCUGAGAUCUGCACAGGCGAUGCUGCAGACGCCUCAAAAGCCAAUUGACAGGCAGUCCAAGACCCCAGAAGACUCCACCAAAAAGAAAAGAAAGUUUAAAAGUGGAGGUCUGGCAGAGAGGCUGAACCGACUUCAGUGCAGGCAGAGGUCAGCUAUCAGUUUCUGGAAGCACAAGUCCAUCUCUGACACCUCAGCAGCAGCGACCACAACAGUGGACCAGCCUGGCGUGCUGGUGCUCGAGGUGCUGGAGGUUUAUGAGGAGUGCAGCAUGCAACUGGCGCACUGCGAGCACCAACAGCCCCCCAGAGAUGGCCACCAGCAUGGAAACGCCGUCUCCGAGGAAACAACUCAGAUGUUGGUGUUAUUCAACAGAGAGACAGCAGCUCAGCUCAUUCCUGCACCUAGAGAUGUCAUCCACAUAUUUCCACCAUGGCAAAGUCUGUCUAUUGAGGGCUUCAGCUGUCCUGUUAUCCUGAACACUCACUUCAUCCAGAAAGUGUCCUCUGCUUCCAAACCAGAUAAUACUUCCUUACAAAAGAUCUGGCUGUCUGCAGAGAAGCGCAUGCCUUAUUUCUUGGGUAAAACGUUUGGACUGCUGGAUAAAUGCCACACGCAAGGUGAAAGCAGUGCAAAGCAGGUUGCAGCAUCUGAUGUUCUCUGCAGUUUUAGGACAAGACAAUGUCUCUCUCUCCUGGAAGCCAUUGAAGGACUUGGCCAGGCAGGAUUUGUGGACCAGGAUGUGGAUGUGGUUGUCCAAAGAGUUUACUCCAUCCCUAUAGCAGACUGUUCUCCUGUGUCCUUUCUCAAACACAGAGCCUCCCUUCGGUCCUUCGGUGCUCCUCCUCCUUCAGAGAAAGGAAAAACCAGGUUAUGUGUGCUCAUCCAGGAUAGCUUUGGGACUUUCAGCGUGCUCCAGCUCCAGCCUCUGUCCACCAGCGAGGAGCUCCACCAGUACUGCCAGAUGUGGCAGGGGAGAACCUGUGUGCUGAGGGGCAUUAAAGUGGUGCAGCGGGUCACUCGAGAAAGGCACCCCAGGCUUUUCAGCUUGAUAGACAGUCUCUGGCCCCCAGCAACGUCUCUGAAAGAUCAUGGAAAAUCACUUAGUAUGCUAAAUAGCUCAAGUGUCCCUCGUCUGCAGGAAAUCAGACCUCCAGGUCCACCUCCAAGUUUCUGCUACCUGCUGUCGGGUCAGCAGACUUCAGUUGAGCUCACUGAAGCGCAAACAGUUUCACCACUCUACCUUCACCCCACAAACCAGACCCUACGAGACAUACUGAAGGGCGAGGCAAAGUCCUGUCGCUGCAGUUUUAUUGCCACUGUUUUAUACAAGAGAAUGCAGAGCACAGAUGUAGGCCAGAGGGAGGUGUGGUUGGUGCUGACAGACCCCAGUCUUCAGGAGGAGCAGCCGGCGAGGCUGUGCAGGCGAACAGUGGCUCUGUGUGUGAGCACUUCCUGUGUGCUCACUUCCUCUGUCCUCAAAGCACUAAAUUCCCCUUCUGUUUGUGACAUGUCGUUCAGAGAUGCCAUCAAAGAACAUGGUGUGCUCCUCUGUGCGGAGCAGUCUCUCAUUGAGGUGUCUUUUGCACAACAUGAGAGCAGUAUCGAGACCACUACAAGGCAAGACUCAGUUUCCCAGUCUCCAUCUGAGCCCCAGGUGAAGAUCCUGCCCCUAACCCUGCCCCAGCCUCUGAGACUGGAUUCCUUGAGUUUGGAGACCACACCCAACUCCCUCUGUACUCUCACAGGGGUGAUUGUUGGUGUAGAUGAGAAUACAGCUUAUUCCUGGCCAGCAUGCAAUCUAUGUGGAAGCGACAACUUAGAGGUGUCGGCGGGAAAACCUCAGAACUUCCACUGUGUUUCCUGUAAAUCGAUGUUGGACAAGCCAGACACAAAGGUUCAGCUGGAGGUUUUUCUCAGCUCCUCCUUGUUAAGCAACUGCACCUUAAAGGUUAAGCUGCAGCGAAAGACAAUCAUGUCCAUCCUGAACACGCCCAUGUUAGAAAGCACUGAGCUCCAAGGGUACGAUGUGGAGAGUGUCUUAGGAAAAGAGGUGGGUCCCAUCCCCGUUUAUGUCCGAGUCAUCACCAGGAAGCCAGGCUUCUGGAUGGGCCUGGAAGAGAUCUGCCUCUAAGGCUGCUGAUAGCAACUCUCUGACUUUGGCUGGCUCCAGAAAUCUGCACUGGGCCUUGGUCUGAGCCAGUUUAUCCUCCACCUCCCCCUUCCGAAGGCCUCCUCUGACAGCUUGAGGCUGUUCUGAAGAGAAGGGGGCUGUGAAAAGACAAGGUCUUGUUUGUGUUAAUGAUGUGUGAUCCUGUGCAGCAGGAGUUGACAGCCCAAGGGUAGACCAGUGGCAUGCGGGCUGUCAAACCAGCCCAUGUGGAUCAUUAACUGGGAUGACCCUAAAUUUUGACUUUAAAAAAAAAAAAAAAAAAAAAAACUUUUUCCAACCUUUCUAUCUCUGUAUUAAAAGAAACACUGACUCUGGUAAUAAAAUUUGUUAUUUUUGCUGA